AUGGCGAGAGCAGUUACGAGCAAGACGAGUCAGAGAAGGAGUUUGGAGUCAGUGUUGGGAUUGUUGGUGAUUGAUUCGCCGGCUACUUGCAUGUAUGUGAAUGGUGACUUGGAGGAUGUGUUUGUCGCUGGUCGAUUGGAAAGUCGUUUCAAAUUUAAGCCCCAAGGAUUCGGUCGUUUGAGGAAACGCACUAUCACCAUCAACGACCUGCCGCAGUCGAUGGCCGUAUGUAAUACAGCAGCGCUUGUCGAAGGUGCGGUACGACGGACCGCCAAUCGGUGGUGCAGAGAAUUGGACAGUGACUGCUUCAUCGAAGGCUACGACUUCGGAAUCACCAAUAGAGAGGGCUUGCCUCUCGUCGAAGUUACAGCCACACCGACCGUUAAGGGAUGCCGAUACACACUGUUCUUCUAA